CACAAGCUUUUCUUAAAAUGAUCACUAUGGAACCGAACGACUUCGAAUGUGAUGUCCCGAUCACAAUGUCCUCUCCCGACAGUCAAAACGUGUCCACCAAAGAACUGCAGCCGAUGGCUCGCCUGGAGGAAUUGGGUCUUUGUGCAAGAAACGAAGAGCCGUCGGAAGAGGUUCUCGCAGCGGGACAUGUUGCUCUGAGGAAGGAACCUGGAGCUCACAUACCGUCUGAAAAAGAUACCCAAGACUUUUCCUGGGACAUUGGAAUCGGUCCUGAUCGUGAACCAGAACACACGCGGUUUGCACAGGAGGGCUGUCAGGACCCCCUGCCUGCCACAUGGAAGCCCUGCCUGGACGAAACGAAGAAGAUAAGUUACUUAAACUUCUCCACUUUAGACUCUCCCGUUAUUCACCCCUAUAAAAAGUAUGGCCACAACCUGGUGGUUCAUGAGCAGGAAAGCACCAAGUCCCAUGAUACACCAAGUAGCAAGAAAGGGAAGAGAAUUAAAGAAAAGAAGGGGAAGAAGGGACCAAAAGACAAGGAUCCUUUCAAUGUCUCUACGUCUGUGGGCUCAGCUCUAGAGCCCCUUCAGGGACCCCUGGGGCCCCUUCCCCCACUGCGGCCACUUCCACCUCUACGGUCCUUCUCCCCACUGCAGUCCCUACCCAGUAUACAGUCCCUUCCUCCACAGCAGUCCUCCUGGGAGGAUGAAGACACAUCCAUCCUCUCGCUCCAUGGGUUGCUCUGCAGCUCAGAAGCAUCUGAACCUCUCAAGACACCACUGAAAGCUCCUGAUUCCAUUCAGCGCUGCAGUCCAGUCGGACUGAGCCAGGAGGAGUGUGUCUCUCCUUCCUUUUCCGAGUUCGAGGACACGGAGGACACAGAGAACCUGAGGGAUGAACUAAAUCAGCUGGUAAACCCAAAUCUGGAUCUGGACACCCUGGAAAGAGGUUUGCUGUACGAGGACAGCGAGGCUAGCGAAGCAGCUUCUUGGCAGGAGAGGAUGGAACCAAAAGUUGAAGCCAUUGAAGCCAGCGAGGAGAACAAGGAAUCACCCCUAGAUAAGGUGGACUUGGAACUGAAGGUCAUGGCCCUCUCAGCCAGCCACAGCCCCAUGCCACACUCUCAGCCUGUGGCCCCAGCCGUCGGGCCCCUUCUCUCUUUACAGGCUUUUCUCCCGCUGCGGCCCCCUCCUACACUCUGGGGGGGCGCGGAUGCACCCAUCUCCUCGCUCCGUGGGGCACUCUGCGGCUCGGAUUCGCUGGAACCUCCCAAAACACCAGUGAACGUGAGCGACGCGAACUCAUUCCUGCAGACGGGCUGUUCGUUUCGAAAGGCUCCUGUCUCUCGUCUGAGCUCCAGUCCGACUGGACAGAGUCGGGAGGAGUGCGUGUCUCCUUCCUUGUCCAAGUUUAAGGAGGAAGAGGACAAGUUCUCUAAAGAAGAGGGCAGCGAAACCGUUGACGCCAGAGCUGCGUCUCUCCCAGAGCUGCAGGAGGCGAUUAUCUCGGUCAACCGCCCUGAGCCACCAUCCCAGGAUUCUGCUCACUUGUGGCCAAGGCUGGAGGUGGAAAGGGGCGGUAAAAGCCUGAGGAGGGGGUCACAAUCCUCCAUGGGACGCCCGGCAUGGGUCCCCCACCCUUCCUCCGAGGAGCAGCUGAAGCCGGAACAGGAGAUCGAGACGGACGUGAAGGCGGAGCGCGAGGAGGAUCUAGAGGAGAGCCAGCAGUCCCCGAGGGAGGACCGGAAGGAGCAGGAGCGGGAGGAGGUGCACAUUCUGGAAAAGGAGGAGAGAAUCCAGGAGGAGAUGGAGAUCUUACUGCAGGAGCUGAGGGCUGCCACUGAAACGGAGCUGGUGGCGGAAAAGGAGAAGCUGGCGGAAAGGAGGAAGGCCGACUCGGAGGCCCUGAGGCAGGAGAACAAGGAGCUGCUGCAGGCUGACGGGCGGGAGAGAGACGAGCAGCUUCGUGUUCUCAGAUCGGAGCUGGGGGGCCUGUUACAGGAGGCGAGGCAGGAUGUGCAGCAAGAGCACGAGCGGAUGAUGGAGCUCCUGAGAGAGGAGCACCACAAUGAGCUGAGGUCCAUCAGGGAGAAUCACCUAUUAGAGAGAGAGAAGCUCCUCUCGGUUCUACAGGAGGAGAGGAGGAGACUGCUGGCUGCCCACAGCUCCCAUCAGGAGGACCUGCGCGUGCAACUCGAGUGGAAGCUGCAGCAAAUGCUUCGGGAGCGGACGUUCAAGGAGGCUGCGGUCAAGGAGCAGAGUCAGCAGCUCGAGCUCAAAUCCAAAGAGCUAAAGGCCCAGACUGCAGCACUGCAAGCCCAGGUGGAAGAUCUGAAAAUUAUAAGACAGCAGCUGGGUGAUGAAGAAAAGGAGAUUCAGUCCUGCAUUGUGCAGGAGGGAGAUGGCUCUCAGGUCAAGAGGAACCACCUCUGGGAGGAGGUGGAAAGAGUACGGGAAGAGAGGGACAGAGCGAGGGAGGAGGGUCAGACGCUGAAAGAGGAAAAACUCCGGCUAGAGAACAAAGUGGACGUUUUGCAAGAGCGUUUGCAACAACUGAGCUGCAGAAUCGGUUGCAGUGAUUUGAAGUGUAACGAGAGCACAAGACAGCCUGGGAACAAAUGCAGUCUGAGCAGCACAGAGGCCCAUGACGGCACAGGCUCUCAUCCUACAGUAGCAGCCAAAGUGCAGCAGUUGAUCGAGUCCAUGCAGCACAUGUCAUUCCAACUCAACGCUGUGCUAGGGGCCUUGGACUCCUUGACUCAGAGACAGUCUCCACUCUUCCCCACUACUCAGCCCUCCUACACCUCCCUCCCCACACCUCUCCACCACUCUGUCCCCUCCUGUCCCUGGAACCCCCCUGCCCAAAAUGUCCCGGUCCAGAAUUUGAAGGAGAUGCUCAGCAGCCAAUGGAGUAAGAUCCUUGCUAAAAGACAUGCGGAAAACGGAAUGAAGCAUGCGGCGUACCGUGGAUACACACCAGCCAGUGAGUCGUCCCGGUGCCUCUGCUCCACGCUGCCCAAAGUAGUGGAGACCGACAGCCAGCGAGUUCAAGAUCUGAUUGAAAGCAACAGGAAGUGGCUGGAGAGCCACAGGAGGGACUCCAAAAUGCCUGGACUCUCACAGAUGAAGAACCCCCCCUGUGUGGGUAGACUCGUGCAGUUUAGCCUGGAUGAGAGGAACGAAAUAAUAGUGCACCACUUGUGAAUUUUCUCACGAAAGGGACUAGAGAAUGAAAGCGGAUGUGAGCG